UUUUUGAUAUGAUGUUUUUUUCUGUAUACCCUGUUUGAUUAAAUAGGUAUUUCUGAAUUCUUGAAAUAGGCAAUAUCUAUAUGUAUUUGAGCAUGGGAUUGGUGUUAGAAAUUGUGGGUUUAGGUUUUUGUAAUCCAUUUGUGCUCAUGCUCUGUUAGGGAUAUUGGGUGCUUCAAUCUUGAAUUUCUAUAGUUGAAAUAAAAAAAUAAUCAUAAUUGCUCUUUGAUAGCUAUUGUGCAUGAAGAAGCUCUAUAUGAAAGAUCUCAUAGUGUUCUUGUUAAGGGAGGAAUCAAGAAGGCCAACUUUAAUAUUUUUAUCUACUAUAUAUUUACUAAUUUAUUUUUUAAGUGACGGAGGUAGAAUUUUCAUCGAAAAAAUUGAGGGUUCCUAUGGGGGCACGAAUUCUCAUCAAUUAGUCUCUCUUAUUAUUAACAAUUCUUGAAUUUUGAGAUGAGGUCGGGAAAAUGUCUGACUUGUUGUGACAAGUGAGACAUGUGAUAAUUCUAUCAAUAGGGAUAACUAUUUCUUUUACUAGUUGCAAGCAGUGUCGUCAAAAGCGAAAAGCUUUGGGAAGUGCUGAAAGCUCGUUGAGGUUUUAAUUGGAAUUAAAGCGUGUUUAAUAAAGAUAUGGGCAAUGAGGAAAAAUAAUUCCAUAGACGCACAAGUACGAGCAUGUAAUGCAAGAAAAAGUAACUAAAUAAGUGAAAUAUGUCAAAUAAAGCAUGUGAAGUAAGUUAAAACCAUUUAAUCUUGAUUUAGAUUUGAAGAUUCAGUUUUAAAUUUCUAAUUCAGGUUAGAUGAGUAGUCUUGUAUUACAACAACAACAACAACAUACCCCGUGAAAUCCCACGCGUGGGGUCUAGGGAGGGUAGGAUGUACGCAGACCUUACCAUUACCUCAUGGAGGUAGAGAGACUGUUUCCGAAAGACCCUCGACUCAAAAGUCACAGUUUCAAGUACGAGAGAAAAACAAUAUAUAUAGCAUAAUGAAAAUAAAUAAAUAAAUACAUAAAUAAAAAUAAACAUAAAAAAUAAAAUGCAAUGCAAAAUUUACAAGACAACAACAAUAACUAUAGCAAAGUACUGCGAUAAUCAAAGGCAAUAGUGACACAACUAUAAAGGCACGCCUAGACCUACGACCACCCUAAACUGAUAGUUGAAAAGGCACCAUUCUAUCCCUAUUAGCCUUCUACCCUAAUCCGCUACCUCCACUCUUUUCUAUCUAAGGUCAUAUCCUCGGUGAUAUGGAGUAACGCCAUAUUUUGUCUAAUCACCUCUCUCCAAUACUUUUUCAGUUUACCCCUACCCCUUCGCAUAACCCCCAAAUCCAACCGCUUGAACCUCCUAACUGGGGCGUCGACACCCCUCCUCUGCACAUACCCAAACCAUCUCAGUCUCGCUUCUCUCAUUUUGUCGACCACGGAUGCCACUCCCACCUUCUUCCGAAUAACCUCAUUCCUGAUCUUAUCACUCCUAGUAUGUCCACACAUCCAUCUCAGCAUCUUCAUCUCCGUAACAUGCAUCUUCAGAACAUGAGAGUUCUUUACUGGCUAGCACUUCACUCCAUAUAACAACGCUAGUCUAACCACCAUUCUGUAGAACUUACCUUUAAGUUUAGAUGGUACUUUCUUAUUACACAGGACUCCAGAGGCUAGCCUCCAUUUCAACCAUGUUACCCCAAUGCGGUGCAUGACAUCAUCAUCAAUGUCCCCACUGCUCAUGAUGGAUCCAAGAUAUUUAAAGCUUUCUGUCUUGGGAUAGGUUGGGUGGCAAGCCUCACUUUCCUACCCUCUUCAUCCAUCGCAACACUAAAUUUGCACUCCAAGUAUUUUGUUUUGGUCCUGCUCAAUCUGCACCCUUUGGACUCCAGCGUUUGUCUCCAAACCUCCAACAUAUCAUUAACUCCGUCCCGAGUCUCAUCAAUCAAAACUAAGUCAUCCGCAAAUAGCAUACACCAUGGAACCUCCUCCUGAAUAGACCGUGUCAGCUCAUCCAUCACCAAGGCAAAAAGAAAAGGGCUCAGUACAGAUCCCUGAUGAAGUCUUGUAUUACAUUUUUUAAAUUUCUUUUUCUAAUAAUUUAUAUUCAUAAUGAUUCUUUGACAAUUGAUGUCACUUUGCCAAGAUAUAUAUUGUCCAGUACCACUAUUUCAAGGUAGUGUUUGUGGAUGAUGAGGCACACACCUUGGUGAAUCCCUGCACUAAAGUGCUGCUUAAGUGAGAUGAAGUGCCCAGGUUGAAAUUCAUGUAGCUCACUCCUCAAAUGACCUCUUAACAAUAUUGUCUUUGGAGCUGAGGUGAGGCUUGCCAGGAGGACCGGGGAUUUUAUUAUUUAUUUCCCUUGGGUGAAAUUGCCAGUAUUAAGGUAUCUGUGGGUCUUAACAGUCAUUGAGAUGAGAUGAAAACUAUGGGGAUAUUUCAAAUCUCAACAGAGACAGAGACAAAACAUGCCAGGACACUCUUUCGCUGAACUCUGUGAGUAAAGCUACGGCAGUAUGCCAUCAAAUUCCAAAAGCACCAAUCGGGAGGAAACCAAUGCAUAUAAUGGUCCACGUUCCACUGUAUAUCCUGAACCUUGGUGGAACGGUGCUGUUUAUAACCCUGUUUCCCCUGGGUUGAUGCGGGAAAAUGCAUCAGAUUCAUCAUCAUUGGAACAAUCUGUGGAUGGCCAAUCACAUUCUGAUGGUGGAAUCAAUGAGGAAGAUGAUGAUGCUCCUGAAAAAUCUCAAAGUAUCGCACCUUUGCGUGCAGAUGGGAGUUAUGGGAAGACGGAUCAGAAUUUUCAGCCAGCUGUUCCAGCCAUACCUCCAAGACUUGAUGGAAGCCUAGCACAGCCUCAACAGCUUGAACUUGUUGGCCACUCUAUAGCUUGUGCUCCAAAUCCAUAUGUUGAUCCAUACUAUGGCGGGAUGAUGACAGCUUUUGGCCAGCCUUUGGUUCCUCCUUAUGUACUUGAUAUGCACUAUGCAAGGAUGCCCUUGCCACAAGAAAUGGCUCAAGAACCAGUUUAUGUUAAUGCUAAGCAGUAUCGAAGGAUCUUGCAGCGAAGACAGUCACGUGCUAAAGCAGAACUUGAAAAGAAGCAGAUAAAACCUAGAAAGCCAUAUCUUCACGAGUCUCGACAUCAGCAUGCACUGAGGAGGGCAAGAGCCUCGGGAGGACGUUUUGCCAAAAAGACAGAUGCUUGUAAAGGUACUGGUUCUGUGAGUUCAUCGGGUUCUGAACCUUUGCAGUUCAAUGCUGCUGAUAUUCAAAAGAGGCAUGAAAAUGCAAGGUUGGCCGAGCUUCAGCCUUCUUAUUCAAAUGGUAGCAGUUAUGGCAAUCAAAGUAGCUUUCAAGAAUCGAAAGAUGAGUACCAAUCUGCUGAAAGCAGGGAAGGAGUUUUUCCAGGCAAGUAAUUGGAGGAAACGUUCAUGUCUAAACUUGCUCUUGCACUGCAACGAUGCUUGAGUAUGGACAGAGAGUUUAAGGUAUUGUUUUCAUUUCUUGGCUUUUCAAGCUGGGCGGCAAUUCAUUCUUGGCUUUUUACUUUGGUGUUUACGGGAGCAAUGGAGGCAACGAGCAUUGCAGUGUUGCAGCAUUUUCUUGGAGACUUGCACCUUCCCUUGUGUACAGAUAUGGAUGAACUUAGAACUAGGAUUAGAAGUUGUUCAGUAAGUUUAUGGUUGACCAGUUACUGUAGUUUAGGAGACCAUGUAAAGAGGUUGUUAGUUUUGUAUACUUGCCUUAUUUCCUUUCUUAAUUGUUGCAUAAAUUUCUGAGUUUGGUUUGUUUUGAUGUGAUUUGAUCUGUUAUCAAAGAUACAGUAGGGAUGAAAUGGCAGAUUUUGAGGUUAAAGUGUGCAAAUAAUAACAAUUAAAAUUCCAAUA